UUUCUCUUCCCAAAUUUAGGUCUCUCUCUCCCUUUUAAUCUCUUCAUGUUUCACACUGAAGAAACAGGAAAAAUUAAAUUGUCAUCUUCUGUUUGACAUUUGUUAUUAUUAAUUUAAUUGUAAUUAAUCAUCUUCUGUUGAUCUUUUUUAUUGGGUUGUAAUUUUUUUUUUAGGUUUUCGCUUUCUUUCCCUCUUUUCUUUUCUGGGAUUUUUGUUUUCUGUUUCCUAAGCUGAAAAAGUUUUGAGCUUUUGAUUUUGAGGGCAUUUUAAAGGUUUUUUCUUUGUUAAUGCUGUUAUAAGAUUUUAGUUUCUUUGUUUUUGGAUAUUUUUGGGGUAGUUUUAGCGUUUUUUUUUUUUUGUUAUUGGGAUUUUGUUAUACUAUGUCAAUAGAGCUGUUAGUAUAAUGAAAAAUGCCCAAUUCAAAUACACAACUACCAAUAUACACUGCAGAACCAAUGAACACGCAGACCCAGUUGGAAGGAGAAGAUGAAGAUAUAGCUGGAGGUGGUGAGGAAUCCAUAGACAACCCUAACAUCCACUAUGAAAACGUCACUGGAAACGGAGGUGGUGUAGAUGAUGUCCCCCCUAGUGUUAUUCGCGUUACUGGUGGACCAGAUUAUCCCUUGGUCCCUGUAAAUGGUGGCGAUGCUGACCAGCUCACCCUGUCUUUUCAGGGUGAGGUAUAUGUGUUUGAUGCUGUUUCCCCAGAUAAGGUGCAGGCAGUGCUGUUACUUCUAGGUGGAUAUGAAAUCCCUUCUGGCAUUCCCACCACUGGGACAGCCCCUCACAACUUUAGGGGUCCAAGUGACUUGUGUGAAAGGUCAUUUCAGCCUCAGAGGGCAGCUUCUUUACGUCGGUUCAGGGAGAAGAGAAAGGAGCGUUGUUUUGAUAAGAAAAUCCGUUACACUGUCCGGAAAGAAGUUGCACUUAGGAUGCAGCGUAAGAAGGGACAAUUUACUUCAUCCAAGGCUAGUUCUGACGAAGCAGGCUCAGCUUCUUCUGGCUGGAGUGCAACUCAGGGUUCUGGACAAGAUGACAACAUGCUAGAAACUUCAUGCACUCAUUGUGGAACCAGUUCAAAGUCAACUCCAUUGAUGCGUCGUGGGCCAGCAGGUCCAAGAACCCUUUGUAAUGCGUGUGGGCUCAAGUGGGCUAACAAGGGAAUCUUGAGAGACCUUUCCAAGGUGUCAAGCUUAGCUAUUCAAGGUCCUCCUGCAAAGCCAACUGAACAGAGCGGAGGUGAAGCUAAUGGCCUGGAAGUUGUAACCAUGGCAGCAGAUAUAGUCACAUCUUCUAACGGCAAUAAUUCAACUUUGACUGCUGAAACAUGAUUUGAUAAUUGCAUCCAUUGCAGCAAAUGCGAUUUCAUGAGUCCCAGAUUUGAACGUGCAAGCGGAUAAGAUGAUUACCUUGCAGCAAGUGACAUUCAGACAUUUGAAAACAGAUUCACAGCCUGUGUAAUAACUUUCUGCUUUGCUUCAACCAACUGUACAUAUAAUUAGGAGCCUCUUGUCAUAAUAUACAAUAUGUAAACUGUUUCGAAGCAUUUGUGCACAUAAGCUUCGAAUAGAAGAUAAAAUGUAACCUUUUGGUUUCUCUUACAAAGUUAUUCAAGCUGAAAACAGGCAGCAAGGUUCUUGGUA